AGAUGCUGUUCAACAUCCAAGCCAAAAGGUUGUGUGCCUCGCAACAGCCACAGCGACAGCAACAGGAGCAACUGAAGCAACAGCAACAUCAAUCGUUUACAGUUGAACAUUCAAAUGAAGUAAUAGCAACUGCGAAACGUGCAACAAGUCACAGGACAAUAUUUUUUUUUCAAAGUGCCAAAUAUAUAUGAAGUGCGUUUCUGUGUGUCAAGUUUACAAUACCAGAGUACCAUAGUAUUUAUUUUUUUUGUGAAUUGAAAGCAAUGCAAUAGUUAUCCGAGCACCCCCAUCGAAUCACUCAAAUUACCUGAAAGCAGCCACGGAAGUACAACAAAUCAGGAUACCACAUACCUGAUCUACUCAUCAUACCUAUAAUGUAUAGCACAUUAAACCAUUAAGCCAUUCACUGAGGACCUGACUAGCAACAGACGCUUUAACUAACAUUGAUCAAAAAAGAAACAACUAAAACAAAAAGAAUACAAAGAGAAAAACUUUGAUGCCAACAAUAUUUUAAAUGCGAAAGCCAAGGGAAAAGAAAUCAUAAGCCAACAAGGUAACCAAAACAGAGGAAUCCUAACUCAAUCUCAAUCGAGGCCGAAGACACCAAAGAAGACAAAUUAAGCAUGACUAUGACAGCCAUUUGCUUUGUGUGCAACCUGCCCAUCAUGUCGCACCAAGUGGGUUUGGUGUGGCAGGGCGGCAACGGCUGGGACGAUCUUGUGCGGGAGCAGCUGGAGGAGUCCACCAUACGGCAGCGGUUGGGCGGACGACGGGACUCAGCGGCCCAGAUCACCACACCGCCGAGCACCUCGCCGCCGCCAGGAUUGCAGCGCCGGCGGCGCAGCUCGCUGGCCCAGCUGACGGACAUCCUGCGGGAGUGGAGCGGCGGCACCAAACAGCAGCAGCAGCACCACUCGCAGCAGCAGCAACAACAGCUGCAGCAGGCAUCCCGCUCCAAGGCGCAGCUGAAUCGACGCGAAACGCUGGCGGAUCUGGCCCGCAGUCUGCCGUGGCGCACCUCAACCACCACCGAUGCGAGCACGGGUGCCGGUGGAUCGGGUGGUGGUGGCUGCACCACUUACAUGGCGCCACGCAAGCGACGCGAAUCAUCCGCGGACUCGGGCAUCCGGAGCAUGAGGUCGCGACGAGACUCGAAUACCGCCGAGUUCGUCAGGCACUGGAAUCGGCGCGAAAGCGGGGCAGUUGAGGAGCAGCCCAGCGUCUCCGUGCCCGUCGUCGUCGAGUGCUCUAAAAGCGCAUCCCGGCGCGGAUCCGGUGAGAGCUACCUGUCCAGCAGUCGACGCGAUAGCAAUGUGGCCGGUCGGGUGACCACGCCACCGCCACCCGGCAAAUACCAGAUGACCAAGAAGCGCGACUCACUGGCCGCGCCGGAAUUCCCAAACUUUCGGCAGGAGCAGCGCCCGUCCACCAGUUCCGCCGGCUCCUGUUCGGACCACUCCAUGCCCCUGAUCUCGACGCAUUCGAGCACUCACCACCUGGCCCAUCAGCAGGUGGACUCCGCGUGCCAAGCCCUGCCGCCGCCAACGAUCAUCACUAGCUCCGUGACGCCACCGGCAACGAGUCCGACGGCGCCGAAGGGUCGCCGCGAUUCGCAGACGCAGUGCGGCCGUGUCAAUCGGCGGGAUUCCAAGGCAGGCGUCAGUCCGGAGCGGGCGCCACGCCUACAGCGGCUGCAACGCCAGGCGACCGCCUUCGACGAGGGCUGCCUGCCGGGCGGCAGUAGGCGUGGCUCCCAGCCCGCACUCAGUCCCGAUCCGCCGGACGAUUGCGAGAGGCGCACCUCUCGACGGGAUUCCCUGUCACCGGAUAGCGCGUCGCGUGGCGGUCGUCGAGAUUCGCGAACGCAUCUAUCGCCGGAUCGAUCCCACGAGCGGGAUGGUAGUCCAAGGCGGCAUACACUCCGCAGGCAGAGCAGUUCGGCAGCCAGAUCGCCGAGAUCGCCGGACUCGAAUAGCUGCUGCUCCUCCCGGGAUCCAAGUCCCUGUUCUAGGCCACAAACGCAGACCACCGUCGAGCAGAACCAGCGGCCGGCCAUUCGGAGGCAGUCCACCACCGAGGAGAUACUGAUCGCCAGGGGAUUCCGCCGGCAGUCGACCACCGAGGAGAUGAUACGCUGCAGGAACUUCCGGCGACAGAGCUCGCAGAGCGACGACGUCUGUCGUUAUCGUGGCAGACGCGAUUCGUCGGCGCAGAUAAUUGACGGCACCAUCGGCACCAUGACCGUGGAAACAACCAGUACAUUUUUCGACUCCAGCACCCAGACAGAACCAUCGCCGCUUUAUGACAACAAUCACUAUCAUGAGGAGUGCCUGCGCUGCAAUUCGUGUGGUCUGAACUUGACUGGGCCCAAUCAAAAACGGGCCAGGAGAUUCAAGAACCAGAUCCUGUGCGACCUGCAUUUCGCGGACGUGGCCCUAAUGGAGUGCUCCGAUUUCAUGCAGCAGCUGCGGAGCUUCAAGCCGCAAUCCUUGGGCUGCGCGGUGGCCAGGCGCAAAAGUUCCACAACGCUGAUAUUCCCGCUGCCACCGCAGGCUUGCUCAGAUGAGUUCUGCGAGGAGUAUCCGCACAAUCUGAUGCCCACUCCCGGCUACUGGAUCGAAUGCUCCCGCCAGAAGAUCACUAUGCCCACCCCGCACACCAUUUGGGACGAGAGCGACUCGGAGCACGAGGACAUUCGGGCAGGAAGUGCCAGCGAUGCCUAUUUGGAGCGCGAGUGCAGCGAUCUGUACGAGGAUGAUGAGGACUCUGAGGCUACGCCCAGUCCGCGCAAAAAGACCACCAUCGAGGAGCAGUGGGACCAGCAGGGCGCAUUCGAACUGAUCUCUGUGGAACAGGAGACGUACGAGAAGUACUUCUAUGGCACCGAGCACUGGAACUACUUCACCAGCGAUGAGGACCUGGGUCCGGUCAUCCUGUCCAUCAAGCAGGAGACGCUCAACGGACGGGAUCAGUUCCGCAUCCUAGUACGGGCUGGUUCCUACACGGUGCACGGACUGAUACCGGCGUCCUGUGUGUUCGCAGAUAGAUAUAAUCGCGAGGAGGUAGUUAGAUCUUUAGGUAAAGAAGUUAAUUUAAAUCCACCUUUAACGUUAGGACAAUUACCCGAUACGCCAGAGGAAUUAUUAAAAUUAGAUCAGGUUUUUAUAAAAUCAGAGUUAAAAGUUGGCGUCAUAUUUGUCAAAGAGGAUCAGUAUACCGAAGAGCAAAUUCUGGACAAUAAUGAAAAUUCACCGCUCUUCGACGAAUUCCUCACUCUUCUGGGCGAUCGAGUUCGUCUGCGCGGAUUUGAUAAAUACAAAGGUGGCCUUGAUACGGUGCACGACCUGACAGGUCUCUUCUCCGUCUAUACGAACUGGCGCAACAUCGAGAUCAUGUUCCAUGUGUCCACGUUGCUGCCGUACGAGAAGCACGAUCCGCAGAAGCUUCAGAGGAAGCGUCACAUCGGCAACGAUAUCGUCUGCGUGGUAUUCUUGGAGGCGGAUAACACACGCUUCAGUCCCGCCUGCAUCAAGAGCCAUUUCCUGCACACCUUCAUCCUGGUUCGCGUUUCGGCCAGGAUUAAACACAAGCCCACGCGAUACGAGGUGUCCGUGGUGACGCGUGACGAGGUGGGCGCCUACAAGCCCUAUUUGUGGGAGCAGUCCGUCUUCGAGAAGGGGCCGAUGUUCCGGGAAUGGCUGCUGACCAAGAUCGUGAAUGGAGAGAGAGCCUCCUAUUCGGCACCGAAAUUCGCGCGGAUGCAGGAGCGUACGCGAUCGCAGAUGCUCGAGGAUCUGGUGAUGAAUCUAUCGAAUCAUGCGGAAACUGGACAGAUACCGAAGCCAUAUAGACGCGGCAGUUGGCGACCGAUCGGUGAGGAUGAAUAUAUCAAAAUGUUGCAUGCCCGUGUCCUAGACAACAACACACACCACGAGCAGCAGCAGCAGUUGCUGCUGCAGCAGCAACACAUGCAGCACACGCAGCACAUGCAACACUUGCCGUCGCACAACAUUUGCUGCUAUUGCAACAACAAUGCCACUGAGCUGCACACAGCGGGUGCAAUACACAACAAUAAUGACAACAACAACACCACCACCACCACCACAUUCACACACAGACACAACAACAACAACAAUAAUUACUCUGAGCAGCAGCAACAACAACUGCCACAACAGCAGCAACAUGACAGCCAACAGCAACAACAAUUGCUGCAGCCACAACAACACCAACUGCUACACCAACUGCAAUUGUCGACGUCGUCACUCACACACACGUCGUGCUGUGCCAUGUUGCACCUGUGUGCGAGGCAUAGUCACAUGCGACCCUCGUCACCGCUGCUGGAUUCCGUUCGCGAUCAAUUCGAGGACUACGAUCAGUUGGCCAAGGACUUUACCCGCGUAUUUCUAAACGAAGAACCAUCGUGCCUGACCAACGCCCAUCUCUUCGAUGUCGUAUUCCUGGUGGGUCAGUCCAAGCAAAAGGCUCGAUUUAUUGGAGUUCGAGCUAUUCUCGGAGUACGGAGUCGAGUCUUUCAGGAAAUGCUCUAUGGCAUUCAGACCGGCUUCGGAUCGCCGCAGAUUCCGGUUGCGGAAAUCUUUGCGCGACCAGCUCCAUCGCUGGUCUCCCCGCAAAACCAGAAACCGAAGAGCAACAACUAUCUGACCGUUCCCGAUUCCGAUUCGAUACGACCGAAAAGUGUGCCCUCGUCGCCGAUGGUGAAGAGGGCCUUCUCCCGACUGGGAACCAUUACGGCCGGAUGGGGUCGGUCCAUACGGAACAAGAACACCAACCAACUGAAUCCGGAUGACAAGAAGAAGUGGAUAUCGUCGACAGAUUACAGGGACAGCAAGGACAAGGACAAGGACAAACCGGGCAAUAACCAGCUGGCCGUGCCACGCCUCUCCGUCUGCGCCGACGCCCAGAAGGUCGAUCGCGCCAAAUUGGCCCAAACGGAGUUCAACAUCAUCGAAUUCGAUCCGGACACAUUCCGAGUUCUGCUCGACUACCUGCACACGGGCACCUGUCCGCUGACCUGCGUCUCCAUACCAGGGUUACUAUGUGCCGCGGAGCACUACGACCUGCCGGAGCUGUUGCAGGCGUGCUUCCAUCACUGCAAGCAGUUUCUGCGCAUCGAGGUGGUCUGCCCGAUGCUCAUCUCGCUGGAGAACUACUACUGGCGCUACACAUCCGCCUCCGAGCUGGUCAACAUGAUCCUGUCGUUCGUGGAGAGCAAGGCGCACUCGCUGUUCAAGUGCCCGGAGUUUCUGCACCUAUCCGAAUCGAUGGUGCAGAUGAUCAUGUGCCGGGAGUUGCAGACGCCCGAGAUACGAAAGUUUGAGGCAAUGCUGGCGUGGGCCCAACACAAGGUGGGCAAACUGAAAAAUCAUCCGAACAAGGACACCCAGUUCGAGUUCGAAUGCAUUAUGGAGCGGCUGACGCGUGAUCUGAAUCUGUGCCGGAUCUCGCCCAGCGAACUGCUCACCGUCGUCCUGCCCUCCAAAUCGAUGAAGAACGAACGCAUCAUGGAGACGCUCAUGGUGCAGGUGAAUCUGGGGACCUACCGGAUGCCCGAGUUGGAUGCGUAUCGUCAGCAGUUGCGCCAGCAGGAGUCCGCCGAGGCCACCGUCCAGGUCCACCGGGCCCAUCAGAACCACCACAAUCCGCCACCCAUCGAUGCCCGUGCCUAUGCCAUGGCCUCCCUGGCCGCCGCCCUUGAGAUGCAGAAUUCGUCGAAUCCCCUACAGUCGAACGCCGCCCGCGAUGCCGCCGACGAGGAGGUGGAGCUAUAUGCCAGUUUUGAUAAUGCACCCAGCACCAGUCGGGUGGCCGCCCAAAUGCAGGCCGCCAAGGAGGCGCGCCGGAAGCGAUGGGCGGCCGAUGGGGCCAGCGGGAGCAGCGGGGACGGCGGAUGCGCCAGCGGGAGCAGCGGCAGCGGGCGGCGCUACUAAUUGGAUGGAUGUGUUCCCGUAUGACUGGUCCUAAGACUUAUGGCUAACACACAUAGAAAUUCGCCAUUAACUAUAUAAGAAAACUACAAAUUGUGAAAAAUUUUUUCUCAGCCAUAACCUUUUGGAAAUUGUAAUGAUAAUUCGGAAGAAAAUUUUGAAAAUAUUUGGAUAAAUUAUAUAGAAUUGCAGUGGCGAAUUUCUUUAAUUUGAGCGUACUUUCAUUAUGAUUGUGGCGAAUAAUUCUGAGCAGUGAUUGCGAAAAUACCGAUUUUAUUUACAAAUAAACUCAGUUAAGUUCAAGGCAGUUCGCUAGAUUAGCUAUUGCAAAAAAAAAAAACAUAAUGCUUUAAUUCAAUUGUAUAUGGGUUAUUCAUACAUUAUAAAAUGUCGCUUAAAGGUGGCUUGAUCAAUCAUUUUUACAAAUGCCCCAAAUUUCAAGAAUUUUAAGAUGAAGGGGGUAAAUUUCUAUAAAAAAGUUCCUUACAUUUGAUAAACAUAUUUUCUAGUUAGUAAUUCAUAGAGAAUAUUUCUAAACUCAAUGUUCAUAUCUAUAUACUUAGAUAGGCUAUUGGUUUUUUGGGGUAUGAUUGAAGCUUUUAAGUAUACUUUUCAACACUGUGCGAAUAUGACUGGCUUGUGUGUGUGUGUGUGCAUAUGUGUGUUUUUUGUGUAUGUGAGUGGUUUUGAGUGAGUGUGUGAGUGGUUUUGAGAGUGUGUGUGUGUGUGUGCGUCUAACCAACCCAUCGCUCGAAAGACGCCCGAACUAUCCAAAUCGAAACUGACAUUGUUAACUCUUACAUUCACCCCGGAAUGACAAGAGCCCCCAAUUUUUUGGGGGAUGCAUAUAGAGAGAGAGCGGAGGGAGACGGCGGCCCAAAACCCACCCCCUCCCGCCCCCCCUCUACAAGAGAUAAUGUUAAAAGCAUAAGCAUUUUCUACAAGUAUUACCCAACAUACAUACAUACAUAAAUGUGUACGUCGUGCAAAAUUGUCCUAGGAAGGUAUGUGUAGAACUAGUCUGUUAAGGAACCACUGUGGCAUUCGAUUUUUGAUACCCACACAGUCGAGGAUAAACAGAAAAAGAAAAAGGAUUACAAAAAAAAAAAGUGCAGCAAGGAAAAACAUUCGCAAAAAAAAGGGAAAAAACAAGAAAAGGAAAUAAAAACAAACGCUUACUGAUGUAAAACAAAGACUUAAAACUAAAACAAAAAAAACAAACAUGAAACCAAAUGAAUAAAAUAUAAAACAAAUUUUUUUAAUCAAUGUUAUUGGACAAAUGUAAGCUGAACAAAAAGAUCCUCUCUAGCCCCGACCCAUUCCCAUUUCCAUUCCCAUUGUAAGACAUUUUCCAGUUCCCUCGAUAUAGAACGAGUUACCCCAGAAGAACUCAAUUUACGACCUAAGAAAUUACUAUAUGAUGUACUUAAAUGUUCAAAAGAAUUGCAAGCAUAAUCUUAACUGUUUGAACGCUUUUUUUUUGGGUUUUUUGUAUUGUCUGUUAAUUUGUUACUACCAAAAGACAAGGAAGCAUAUUAUAGAUAAGUAUCAACAUUUCCAGUCAAGUUGGCUGCACACCUGUACAUUUAAUACUGGUUAAUAUAGUUAUGCUAAACCGUAAAAUCAACACAACACUUGCAGAACUGCAAGUGAAGCGAGAGUCCAGAGAACCAGAAAACCGAUUCAUAAGUGCAAUAUCUAAGUGUAUGUUUGUAUAACCAAUAAAUUAACUUGAUCUAAGAGAACGAGCAGGUGUAAAUCCCCAAAAACAGUCACUGCUUUUAUGAAUAAAAAAAAUCCCGGAAGAUCAGCCCUAAAGAUAAAUUCAACUAAAGGCCAAAACCACCAUUAAAAAAUAAAAUUGAAUGAUUGAAAAAAACCUAAUAUUACCAACUAAAUAAUUUGUCAGCAUAGAGCUCAUUGAAGAAAAACGACAAGAACCCUGCAGAUCAUAGAGUCAUCAAGAGUAGUGAACAGAUAAGCCCAUAGAAAAUCGUUUUCCACAUUCCCUUUGGAAAUCAGUUGACCCAACUUUUGACCAGUACCAUUUCUCGGAUAGAUUUACUUUUCUAACACCACCAUUCACUUAUGAAAUAUUUUCCUACUGGAAUUCUUCAGUUGCUAAAAUGACCUAGUUUCGGUCAAUAAACUAAAGAUGGCAAAUUCUGAUGCAACAUGAAAACUAAAUGUAAACGGCAGCAUUUCCAAAAGGGUUUCACUUAAAUGUUCAAAGACGCAUAUAUCAAAAUUCAAUGUCUAACUGUACAACCAAGUUUAUCAAGUGUCUGGCAGGUCAUACAUAUGUAAGCAUAUAAUUAAGCAAUUACAGUAUAUAUAUAAAAAAAAAAAAGAAAAACAAGGCCAGAAGAAAAAGAACCCUAACAAGAAAGGCAAACGGAAAUCAAUAACUAAACGCUUUCAGUGUGCAAUAACCGAAUAACUAACAUUAACGUCUAAUAACCAGAUAAACGAACAGAUAAACUGUAAGCCAAAAGCUAAAACUGGAAAAUAAUGAAUUUGGAAAACUGUAGCAGGCAAACGUUUUUGGGGCCUGUUUCUUAUUUUUUUUUUUUUUUUUUUGUGGAAAACUUGGAUUGCAACAGAAACGAGCAGUUAUAAUGAAAAAAAAAGAAAAAAAUAGGUAAAAACAAAAACAACACUCUUCGAAGCAUUUUGAGACAGAGAAGGCCGAGUGCCAUUCAAUUCAAAAGUUAGUUAUACAAAUGUUGUACGUUUUUUUGUUGACUAAUCUUUGAAAACAUUGAAAAGAGAAAAAAAUAGCAACAGAUUUAAAUGGACAUAAAGCAUAGCUGUAUUUUUACCGUCGCUCUAUCGACUCAAAUAUACUGUUUGAACUGAAUGUACUCAUCUGAUUAAUAUGAAUGUAUUUACCGCAGAUAUCCGAUAUACCGAAAAUAAACAAUAAGCGCUGUUUCUAUAUGUUCGCCCCGAUCGCCACCGCCCACCGCCCAUCGCCCCUCUGCCUAAAUUAACCCACCCAACCACCGGAUGGCAGAGUGGUGGUGCGCAGGGUGGUGCGAAACGGGCUCACUUUUUUGAUAGCAGAUUGAAUCAGGCAGGCAAUCGAAAAACAAAAUUUAAAAAAAAAUGAAAAAAACACCCGUGACUCCUUUUGAGCUGACGAUCUACAUCUACAAUAUACGCAAAUGAAAACCACAUAAGACAUUUGUUUAAUCGAAAAAGAAAAAAACGCAUUUGAAUGCGGAGUAAAGCUAAAUAAAUGUUGUAAUUGCCACAGCCAAGCAUAACAGGAG